AGGACUUCCUCUGAGAUGUUGGGAAUCCCAAUGUCUCUCACUCCAGCUGUGACAGACCGCUAACCAGCGUAGAGUUGGGACUUCCGCAACACCCUCUGGGACAGAGUUUCAAAGCCCUUGGGGCUCUGACCAGCCUAGAAACCUUUGGUCUUUAUCCUGGAACGGCCCAGAGCAUCGCAUCCGUAGAUUGGAGGCUGCCAGACUCACAAGGAAAAUAAAAGGCCAAGAUGGACUCCAUCAGUCAAGAUACUGAGAUGAAGCAAAAUGGCUACACAGAAGUCCGUGGACCUGUGGGUGGCAUAUUUCUGGAGAAGACAAAGGAGAAGAUAACCAUUUAUCAAGCCAUGAAAAAACGUCUGCUUAAGCCAGGAACAGCAUUAGCAAUGCUUGAAGCACAAGCUGCCACAGUGGGUAUCGUAGAGCCAAUAAACAAUCGAAUACUUUCUGUCGCAGAUGCUGUUAAAGAGGAAAUAGUUGGACCGGAGAUGAAAGAGAAACUCCUCACAGCAGAGAAAGCCAUCAGUGGCUAUGUAGACCCUUACACCAAAGAAAUGAUAUCUGUAUUCCAAGCUAUGCAUAAAGAUUUGGUGCCAAGAGAUUAUGGAUUGAGGCUGCUUGAAGCACAGAUAGCCACAAAGGGCCUGUUUGAUCCUGUGGAGAAGACAAAUAUUUCAGUUGAAUCUGCGAUUAAGAAGGGCUACUAUGAAAAAGGUUUGCUCAAUGACCAGAUGUCAGAGCUCAAAGUGUUCUACAAUCCAAGCUCACAAGAAAAUCUCAACUACCAAAACCUCCUGGAGAAAUGCAUUAAAGAACCUGACACAGGACUAUUGCUCCUUCCUGUCUGCAUCACCUUCAAAGGUCUGCGAAGAGGCAUUUCCUCCACUGAACUUUUUGAAUCAAAGAUCAUUGACAAAGAAAUAUUUGAUGACCUACAGAAGGGGAAGACCACAACACAGGAUGUGAUGUUGAUGGAGACGGUGAAAGAAUACCUGGAGGGCAAAGGCAGUAUUGCAGGCAUUGCAGUACUCUCAUCCAAUCAGAGAAUGAGCAUUUAUCAAGCCAUGAAGCAAGGCAUACUGAUGCCUGGAACAGCACUAGUUCUACUAGAGGCACAAGCUGCAACAGGAUUCAUGAUUGAUCCUGUAGAAAAUAAAAAGUUCACUGUAGAUGAGGCCAUCAAAAACAAACUUUUUGGCCCAGAAUGUCAUGCAAAGCUGCUUUCUGCUGAGCGAGCAGUAACUGGAUACAAGGACCCAUACACAGGUGAAACUAUAUCCCUGUUUCAAGCACUGUCAAAAGAUUUGAUCGUAAAGGAACAUGGGAUCCGCCUACUUGAGGCACAAAUUGCCACAGGUGGAAUAAUAGACCCAAUCAACAGUCACAGACUUCCCACAGAAGUUGCCUUCAAGAGAGGUUAUUUCAAUGAAGAAAUGAACACCAUACUAGAGGAUUCAGGGGAUGACACAAAAGGGUUUUUUGACCCAAACACAGAAGAUAAUCUCACAUAUCUUCAGCUGAUGGAAAGGUGUGUCACUGAUCCUGUCACUGGACUGUGCCUCCUUCCUCUCCUUAAUAAGUCAGACAGGUUGAAUUUCAACUUCAUUGACUACCAAACUAAAACGGCCUUCAAAGAGGAGAGGGUGAAAGUGACCUGUGGAAAGUACAUGGGAAUGACAGUAUCUCUGUGGGAACUACUGAUGUCAGAAUACUUUGAUGAACACCAGAGGCGAGACAUCAUUCAAAAGUAUAGAGAGGGGAAGCUCAAUAUCAAGAUGGUCAUCACAAUGGUCCUGGAAGUCAUAGAGAAGUCUGUGAAAACAACUAAAGUCGUCUUUGAAGGCAUCAGAGAAACUGUCACAGCCAAACAGCUUGUGGAGGCAGAUAUAAUCAGUGAGGAGGUCCUCGAGGAUCUGAAAAAGGGGAAAAAGUCUGUGAAGGAAGUUAUAGAAGAUGAAAACAUAAAUGUGUACUUACAGGGGAAAGACAGUAUUGCAGGUAUUCUUCUUCCUGAUUCCCAAAUCAUGACCAUCUACCAGGCCAAACAAAAAGGAAAACUGAUGCCAGGAACUGCUCUGAUUCUACUGGAGGCACAGGCAGCAACAGGCUUCAUUAUUGACCCAAUUGGAAACAGAAAGUUUUCAGUGGAUGAUGCUGUCAAAGCAAAGAUUGUGGGCCCUGAUGUCUGUCAAAAGCUCCGCUCAGCAGAGAAAGCGGUCACUGGGUACAAAGAUCCAUAUGAUGGCAAAAUAAUCUCUUUGUUCCAAGCCAUGCAAAAAGACCUCAUCCUAAAAGACCAUGGAAUUCGACUCCUGGAGGCACAAAUUGCCACUGGUGGGAUCAUUGACCCUGUGAACAGCCAUCGCAUUCCUGUCCAUGUGGCCUACAAGAGGGGAUACUUUAAUGAGGAAAUGAAUCAGAUCCUGAGUGAUUCAAGUGAUGACACCAAAGGAUUCUUUGACCCCAACACCCAUGACAACCUGACAUACUUGCAGCUCAUGGCCAGAUGUGUCACAGACCCCAGUACAGGUCUGUGUCUCUUGCCACUCAAAAGCAAAAGUAACAAAAUUAACAUAGAUGACAACAUUAAGGAAAUAUUCAAAACAACAACAGUUACUGUUAAGUAUGGCAGAUUCAGGGGCAAGCACACAACACUGUGGGAUCUUAUCAAUUCAGAGUAUAUCUUUGAGGACAAAAGACAGGAGUUUUUCAAACUCUUCAAGUCAAGGAAAAUCACAGUUGAGCAAAUCAUUGUGACCAUUUUGGAGAUCAUCGAGAGUAAGGAAAUAAAACAGCAAGCAGGGCUGAACUUUGAAAGCCUCAGGGGAGAGGUCUCUGUUGUGGAUCUUGUGGAGCUUGACAUUUUGGAUGAAAACACUUACAACAGUUUGAUUGGUGGACAGAUGACAAGCACUGAGGUGAUGAAAAUGGACAGUGUGAGAAACUACCUACAAGGAAAAAGUUGCGUAGCUGGGGUGAUACUGCAACCCUCCAAUCAGAAGUUAAGCAUCUCUGAGGCACAGAGAAUUGGUAUUCUCACACCUGGCACUGCCCUUUGCCUCCUUGAAGCACAAGCAGCCACUGGGUUCAUUGUUGAGCCUUUGAAAAACAAAAAACUUACAGUGGAACAAGCUCUCAGAGAAAAGGUAAUUGGUCCACAGGUGUAUGAAAAGCUUUUGUCUGCAGAGAGGGCUGUCACAGGUUACAGAGAUCCAUAUACUGGCCAAAAGAUCUCACUUUUCCAAGCCUUGAAAAAGGAUCUAAUAGUCAAACAACAUGGCAUCCGUUUACUUGAGGCCCAGAUUGCAACAGGUGGUAUCAUUGAUCCCUUAAAGUGUCUUCACUUACCUCUCAAGGUUGCAUACAGAAAAGGAUAUUUUGAUGCAGAACUUAAUCAAAUCCUAUCUGACCCAACUGAUGACACAAAAGGCUUUUUUGACCCAAAGACACAAGACAAUCUCACAUACAUGGAGAUGUUGGGUAGAUGCGUAAAAGAUGAGGAAACAGGACUGUUUCUCCUGCCACUGAAUGACACACCAAAAGCUGUGGGAACAAAGGCAAAAAUGUACACUGACACAGAGAUAAAGCAAGAGUUUGAAAAGACAGGUGUGAGCAUAUCAGUAGGACGCUACUCAGGAAAAUCAAUUUCCCUAUGGGACUUGAUUCACUCAAGGUACUUCACUGAGGAUCAGCGGCUUGAAUUCAUUGAAAAAUACAGAACAAGGAAGAUUAGCACACACACCAUAAUCACAUUAGUGAUUUCUACCAUUGAAAACCUGGAGAAGAGUGAAACUCCCAAAAUGAUAAUGGGCUUGAGAAAGCCUGUCUCUGCACAACAACUACUGGAUUCUGAUAUUAUUGAUGCAGAUACAUUCAAACAGAUGAAAGAAGGAAAACUCUCUUUCGAAGAAGUAACCCAACGCGAAUCUGUGAGAGGAUACCUGAAUGGAACCGGAAGAAUUGCUGGAAUCAAGGUUCAUCCAUCCCAGAAAAUAAUGAGCAUAUAUGAAGCAAAAAAGAACGAUCUGUUGACACCUGGCAUUGCACUUCUACUGCUUGAAGCACAAGCUGCAACAGGAUGGGUCAUCGAUCCUCUCAAAAACAAGUUCUAUACUGUUGAUGAAGCAGCAAAAGAGAAAGUAAUUGGACCAGAUGUACAUGAGCAGCUUCUCUCAGCUGAACGAGCUGUCACUGGCUAUAAAGAUCCAUACACAGAUGCAACAGUAUCAGUGUUUGAAGCUAUGAAUAAACAGUUGAUUCAAAGAAGUGAUGGCAUUCGUCUUCUUGAGGCACAGAUAGCAACUGGAGGAAUCAUUGACCCGAAUCAAAGUCACAGACUGCCUAUUCAUGUUGCUAUUAAAAAGGGAUAUCUGGAUGAGGAAAUAAGCAACAUUCUGUUGAACCCCACUGAUGAUGCAAGGGGAUUCUAUGACCCAAAUACCAAAGAAAACCUCUCCUACCUUCAGUUGAUGAAACGAAGUGAGAAAGAUCCUGAAACUGGGCUUCUUCUUCUACCCCUGUAUGAAGAGAAAUCCUCCAUAUUUCACACAGAUGAGCAGAUAGAGAAUGCAUUCAAAAACAAAACUAUUGCCAUAAAUGCAGGGAAAUUUAAAAACAAACAGGUGACAUUGUGGGAAGUGUUGCUCUCUGAAUACAUAUCAAAGCAAAAGAGGGAGCAGCUCAUAAAACAAUACAAGACAGGAGCCAUGAAAAUAGAGGAGAUCAUUGAAAUACUCACGGUGAUCAUUACUGAGGUAUCAUCCAAAGAAAAAAAAUUCAAAGGACUAAGAAAGCAGGUCUCAGCCAGUGAGCUGUAUGAGUCAAAAAUUAUCUCAAAGGAGCUUUUCACCCAGAUUAUACAAGGGGAGGUAACUGAAGACAAUGUUGACACAAUGGAAUCGAUACAAAAGUACCUUGGAGCUACCAACUGUAUAGCAGGUGUCAGAGUUGAGUCUACAAAGAAAGUUAUGAGCAUCUAUGAGGCCAAAACCAGAGGCCUGCUGACCCCUGGUACAUCUCUGACUCUGCUGGAGGCCCAAGCUGCCACAGGUUUUGUCAUUGACCCAGUGAACAACAAAAAACUCUCAGUGGAGGAAGCCGCAGCUCAAGGAGUGGUUGGCAGUGAGUGGAAAAACAAACUGCUUUCAGCAGAACGAGCAGUUACGGGAUACAAAGAUCCCUAUACUGGAAACACAAUAUCUUUAUUUCAGGCCUUGAAGAAAGAUCUCAUUGUGAAAGAUCAUGGAAUUCGUCUCCUUGAAGCACAAAUUGCCACAGGAGGAAUAAUUGACCCAGUCCACAGCCAUCGAGUACCUGUACAGGUGGCAUACCAAAGAGGUUACUUUGAUGAGGAAAUGAACCAGAUUCUGUCUGAUACUGAUGAUGAUACCAAAGGCUUUUUUGAUCCAAACACACAAGAGAAUCUCACAUAUCUCCAGCUGGUUGAGAGGUGUGUCACUGAUCCGAUGACAGGCCUAAACUUACUCUCCAUUGUAAAGAAAGGCGAGUUUUAUUUCUUUGUUGAUGAGGCAACAAAACUCAUUCUGAAAUCUACAACAACAACUAGAGCAGGGGGGAAAUAUCAAGGAAUAACAGUGUCACUGUGGGAUCUCUUGUACUCCAAAUACAUCACAGAGGAGAAGAGAAGAGAGCUUGUGCAACAGUACAAGUCUGGGGCGAUCACAAUUGAACGCUUCUUGGAGAUCAUCUUGACGAUCAUUCAGCAGCAGACCACAACAACCUCAUCAUCAUCAUCAUUCACCAAAUAUCAAGUACCAGAAACAAAAGUGGACAGCAGCACAACAAAAACUACUAUAACUACUACAAUCACAGAGACAAGUCAAGUUGAAAAGUUCCAUGGAAUAAGAAAGGAUGUCAGUGCUACUGAGCUGCUUGAAUCGAAAAUCAUCAAUGAGGACCUCUACAAAGAUCUUAGCGCCGGAAAAGUCACAGUGAGAGAAGUGAGUGAAAUGGACUCUGUCCGGAAGUACCUGGAGGGGACCAACAGCAUUGCAGGAGUAUACCUGCAGUCCACCAAACAAACACUAAGCAUCUAUGAAGCCAAAAGCAAAAGCCUGCUGACUCCUGGUACAUCUCUGGUACUGCUGGAAGCCCAAGCUGCCACUGGCUUUGUCAUUGACCCAGUGAAGAACAAGAAACUAUCCGUAGAGGAAGCUGUAGCCCAAGGAGUGGUUGGCAGUGAGUGGAAAAACAAACUGCUUUCAGCAGAACGAGCAGUUACAGGAUACAAAGAUCCCUACACUGGAAACACAAUAUCUUUGUUUCAGGCCCUGAAAAAAGAUCUCAUAGUCAAAGAUCAUGGAAUUCGUCUCCUUGAAGCACAAAUUGCCACAGGAGGAAUAAUUGACCCAGUGCACAGUCACAGAGUGCCUGUACAGGUGGCAUACCGAAGAGGUUACUUUGAUGAGGAAAUGAACCAGAUUCUGUCUGAUCCCGAUGAUGAUACCAAGGGCUUUUUUGAUCCCAACACACAAGAGAACCUCACCUAUCUCCAGCUAGUCGAGAGAUGUGUCACAGAUCCCAUCACAGGCCUCAGUUUGCUGGUCAUUGUGAAGAAAGGCGAGUUUUAUUUCUUUGUUGAUGAGGCAACAAAACUCAUUCUGAAAUCUACAACAACAACUAGAGCAGGGGGGAAAUAUCAAGGAAUAACAGUGUCACUGUGGGAUCUCUUGUACUCCAAAUACAUCACAGAGGAGAAGAGGAGAGAGCUUGUGCAACAGUACAAGUCUGGGGCGAUCACAAUUGAACGCUUCUUGGAGAUCAUCUUGACGAUCAUUCAGCAGCAGACCACAACAACCUCAUCAUCAUCAUCAAUCACCAAAUAUCAAGUACCAGAAACAAAAGUGGACAGCAGCACAACAGAAACUACUAUAACUACUACAAUCACAGAGACAAGUCAAGUUGAAAAGUUCCAUGGAAUAAGAAAGGAUGUCAGUGCUACUGAGCUGCUUGAAUCGAAAAUCAUCAAUGAGGACCUCUACAAAGAUCUUAGCGCUGGAAAAGUCACAGUGAGAGAAGUGAGUGAAAUGGACUCUGUCCGGAAGUACUUGGAGGGGACCAACAGCAUUGCAGGAGUAUACCUGCAGUCCACCAAACAAACACUAAGCAUCUAUGAAGCCAAAAGCAAAAGCCUGCUGACUCCUGGUACAUCUCUGGUACUGCUGGAAGCCCAAGCUGCCACUGGCUUUGUCAUUGACCCAGUGAAGAACAAGAAACUGUCCGUAGAGGAAGCUGUAGCCCAAGGAGUGGUUGGCAGUGAGUGGAAAAACAAACUGCUUUCAGCAGAACGAGCAGUUACAGGAUACAAAGAUCCCUACACUGGAAACACAAUAUCUUUGUUUCAGGCCCUGAAAAAAGAUCUCAUAGUCAAAGAUCAUGGAAUUCGUCUCCUUGAAGCACAAAUUGCCACAGGAGGAAUAAUUGACCCAGUGCACAGUCACAGAGUGCCUGUACAGGUGGCAUACCAAAGAGGUUACUUUGAUGAGGAAAUGAACCAGAUUCUGUCUGAUCCCGAUGAUGAUACCAAGGGCUUUUUUGAUCCCAACACACAAGAGAACCUCACCUAUCUCCAGCUAGUCGAGAGAUGUGUCACAGAUCCCAUCACAGGCCUUAGUUUGCUGGUCAUUGUGAAGAAAGGCGAGUUUUAUUUCUUUGUUGAUGAGGCAACAAAACUCAUUCUGAAAUCUACAACAACAACUAGAGCAGGGGGGAAAUAUCAUGGAAUAACAGUGUCACUGUGGGAUCUCUUGUACUCCAAAUACAUCACAGAGGAGAAGAGGAGAGAGCUUGUGCAACAGUACAAGUCUGGGGCGAUCACAAUUGAACGCUUCUUGGAGAUCAUCUUGACGAUCAUUCAGCAGCAGACCACAACAACCUCAUCAUCAUCAUCAAUCACCAAAUAUCAAGUACCAGAAACAAAAGUGGACAGCAGCACAACAGAAACUACUAUAACUACUACAAUCACAGAGACAAGUCAAGUUGAAAAGUUCCAUGGAAUAAGAAAGGAUGUCAGUGCUACUGAGCUGCUUGAAUCGAAAAUCAUCAAUGAGGACCUCUACAAAGAUCUUAGCGCUGGAAAAGUCACAGUGAGAGAAGUGAGUGAAAUGGACUCUGUCCGGAAGUACUUGGAGGGGACCAACAGUAUUGCAGGAGUGUACCUGCAGUCCGCCAAACAAACACUAAGCAUCCAUGAAGCCAAAAGCAAAGGCCUACUGACCCCUGGUACAUCUCUGGUACUGCUGGAAGCCCAAGCUGCCACUGGCUUUGUCAUUGACCCAGUGAAGAACAAGAAACUGUCCGUAGAGGAAGCUGUAGCCCAAGGAGUGGUUGGCAGUGAGUGGAAAAACAAACUGCUUUCAGCAGAACGAGCAGUUACAGGAUACAAAGAUCCCUACACUGGAAACACAAUAUCUUUGUUUCAGGCCCUGAAAAAAGAUCUCAUAGUCAAAGAUCAUGGAAUUCGUCUCCUUGAAGCACAAAUUGCCACAGGAGGAAUAAUUGACCCAGUGCACAGUCACAGAGUGCCUGUACAGGUGGCAUACCAAAGAGGUUACUUUGAUGAGGAAAUGAACCAGAUUCUGUCUGAUCCCGAUGAUGAUACCAAGGGCUUUUUUGAUCCCAACACACAAGAGAACCUCACCUAUCUCCAGCUAGUCGAGAGAUGUGUCACAGAUCCCAUCACAGGCCUUAGUUUGCUGGUCAUUGUGAAGAAAGGCGAGUUUUAUUUCUUUGUUGAUGAGGCAACAAAACUCAUUCUGAAAUCUACAACAACAACUAGAGCAGGGGGGAAAUAUCAUGGAAUAACAGUGUCACUGUGGGAUCUCUUGUACUCCAAAUACAUCACAGAGGAGAAGAGGAGAGAGCUUGUGCAACAGUACAAGUCUGGGGCGAUCACAAUUGAACGCUUCUUGGAGAUCAUCUUGACGAUCAUUCAGCAGCAGACCACAACAACCUCAUCAUCAUCAUCAAUCACCAAAUAUCAAGUACCAGAAACAAAAGUGGACAGCAGCACAACAGAAACUACUAUAACUACUACAAUCACAGAGACAAGUCAAGUUGAAAAGUUCCAUGGAAUAAGAAAGGAUGUCAGUGCUACUGAGCUGCUUGAAUCGAAAAUCAUCAAUGAGGACCUCUACAAAGAUCUUAGCGCUGGAAAAGUCACAGUGAGAGAAGUGAGUGAAAUGGACUCUGUCCGGAAGUACUUGGAGGGGACCAACAGCAUUGCAGGAGUAUACCUGCAGUCCACCAAACAAACACUAAGCAUCUAUGAAGCCAAAAGCAAAAGCCUGCUGACUCCUGGUACAUCUCUGGUACUGCUGGAAGCCCAAGCUGCCACUGGCUUUGUCAUUGACCCAGUGAAGAACAAGAAACUGUCCGUAGAGGAAGCUGUAGCCCAAGGAGUGGUUGGCAGUGAGUGGAAAAACAAACUGCUUUCAGCAGAACGAGCAGUUACAGGAUACAAAGAUCCCUACACUGGAAACACAAUAUCUUUGUUUCAGGCCCUGAAAAAAGAUCUCAUAGUCAAAGAUCAUGGAAUUCGUCUCCUUGAAGCACAAAUUGCCACAGGAGGAAUAAUUGACCCAGUGCACAGUCACAGAGUGCCUGUACAGGUGGCAUACCAAAGAGGUUACUUUGAUGAGGAAAUGAACCAGAUUCUGUCUGAUCCCGAUGAUGAUACCAAGGGCUUUUUUGAUCCCAACACACAAGAGAACCUCACCUAUCUCCAGCUAGUCGAGAGAUGUGUCACAGAUCCCAUCACAGGCCUUAGUUUGCUGGUCAUUGUGAAGAAAGGCGAGUUUUAUUUCUUUGUUGAUGAGGCAACAAAACUCAUUCUGAAAUCUACAACAACAACUAGAGCAGGGGGGAAAUAUCAAGGAAUAACAGUGUCACUGUGGGAUCUCUUGUACUCCAAAUACAUCACAGAGGAGAAGAGGAGAGAGCUUGUGCAACAGUACAAGUCUGGGGCGAUCACAAUUGAACGCUUCUUGGAGAUCAUCUUGACGAUCAUUCAGCAGCAGACCACAACAACCUCAUCAUCAUCAUCAAUCACCAAAUAUCAAGUACCAGAAACAAAAGUGGACAGCAGCACAACAGAAACUACUAUAACUACUACAAUCACAGAGACAAGUCAAGUUGAAAAGUUCCAUGGAAUAAGAAAGGAUGUCAGUGCUACUGAGCUGCUUGAAUCGAAAAUCAUCAAUGAGGACCUCUACAAAGAUCUUAGCGCUGGAAAAGUCACAGUGAGAGAAGUGAGUGAAAUGGACUCUGUCCGGAAGUACUUGGAGGGGACCAACAGUAUUGCAGGAGUGUACCUGCAGUCCGCCAAACAAACACUAAGCAUCCAUGAAGCCAAAAGCAAAGGCCUACUGACCCCUGGUACAUCUCUGGUACUGCUGGAAGCCCAAGCUGCCACUGGCUUUGUCAUUGACCCAGUGAAGAACAAGAAACUGUCCGUAGAGGAAGCUGUAGCCCAAGGAGUGGUUGGCAGUGAGUGGAAAAACAAACUGCUUUCAGCAGAACGAGCAGUUACAGGAUACAAAGAUCCCUACACUGGAAACACAAUAUCUUUGUUUCAGGCCCUGAAAAAAGAUCUCAUAGUCAAAGAUCAUGGAAUUCGUCUCCUUGAAGCACAAAUUGCCACAGGAGGAAUAAUUGACCCAGUGCACAGUCACAGAGUGCCUGUACAGGUGGCAUACCAAAGAGGUUACUUUGAUGAGGAAAUGAACCAGAUUCUGUCUGAUCCCGAUGAUGAUACCAAGGGCUUUUUUGAUCCCAACACACAAGAGAACCUCACCUAUCUCCAGCUAGUCGAGAGAUGUGUCACAGAUCCCAUCACAGGCCUUAGUUUGCUGGUCAUUGUGAAGAAAGGCGAGUUUUAUUUCUUUGUGGAUGAGGCAACAAAACUCAUUCUGAAAUCUACAACAACAACUAGAGCAGGGGGGAAAUAUCAUGGAAUAACAGUGUCACUGUGGGAUCUCUUGUACUCCAAAUACAUCACAGAGGAGAAGAGGAGAGAGCUUGUGCAACAGUACAAGUCUGGGGCGAUCACAAUUGAACGCUUCUUGGAGAUCAUCUUGACGAUCAUUCAGCAGCAGACCACAACAACCUCAUCAUCAUCAUCAAUCACCAAAUAUCAAGUACCAGAAACAAAAGUGGACAGCAGCACAACAGAAACUACUAUAACUACUACAAUCACAGAGACAAGUCAAGUUGAAAAGUUCCAUGGAAUAAGAAAGGAUGUCAGUGCUACUGAGCUGCUUGAAUCGAAAAUCAUCAAUGAGGACCUCUACAAAGAUCUUAGCGCUGGAAAAGUCACAGUGAGAGAAGUGAGUGAAAUGGACUCUGUCCGGAAGUACUUGGAGGGGACCAACAGCAUUGCAGGAGUAUACCUGCAGUCCACCAAACAAACACUAAGCAUCUAUGAAGCCAAAAGCAAAAGCCUGCUGACUCCUGGUACAUCUCUGGUACUGCUGGAAGCCCAAGCUGCCACUGGCUUUGUCAUUGACCCAGUGAAGAACAAGAAACUGUCCGUAGAGGAAGCUGUAGCCCAAGGAGUGGUUGGCAGUGAGUGGAAAAACAAACUGCUUUCAGCAGAACGAGCAGUUACAGGAUACAAAGAUCCCUACACUGGAAACACAAUAUCUUUGUUUCAGGCCCUGAAAAAAGAUCUCAUAGUCAAAGAUCAUGGAAUUCGUCUCCUUGAAGCACAAAUUGCCACAGGAGGAAUAAUUGACCCAGUGCACAGUCACAGAGUGCCUGUACAGGUGGCAUACCGAAGAGGUUACUUUGAUGAGGAAAUGAACCAGAUUCUGUCUGAUCCCGAUGAUGAUACCAAGGGCUUUUUUGAUCCCAACACACAAGAGAACCUCACCUAUCUCCAGCUAGUCGAGAGAUGUGUCACAGAUCCCAUCACAGGCCUUAGUUUGCUGGUCAUUGUGAAGAAAGGCGAGUUUUAUUUCUUUGUGGAUGAGGCAACAAAACUCAUUCUGAAAUCUACAACAACAACUAGAGCAGGGGGGAAAUAUCAUGGAAUAACAGUGUCACUGUGGGAUCUCUUGUACUCCAAAUACAUCACAGAGGAGAAGAGGAGAGAGCUUGUGCAACAGUACAAGUCUGGGGCGAUCACAAUUGAACGCUUCUUGGAGAUCAUCUUGACGAUCAUUCAGCAGCAGACCACAACAACCUCAUCAUCAUCAUCAAUCACCAAAUAUCAAGUACCAGAAACAAAAGUGGACAGCAGCACAACAGAAACUACUAUAACUACUACAGUCACAGAGACAAGUCAAGUUGAAAAGUUCCAUGGAAUAAGAAAGGAUGUCAGUGCUACUGAGCUGCUUGAAUCGAAAAUCAUCAAUGAGGACCUCUACAAAGAUCUUAGCGCUGGAAAAGUCACAGUGAGAGAAGUGAGUGAAAUGGACUCUGUCCGGAAGUACUUGGAGGGGACCAACAGUAUUGCAGGAGUGUACCUGCAGUCCGCCAAACAAACACUAAGCAUCCAUGAAGCCAAAAGCAAAGGCCUACUGACCCCUGGUACAUCUCUGGUACUGCUGGAAGCCCAAGCUGCCACUGGCUUUGUCAUUGACCCAGUGAAGAACAAGAAACUGUCCGUAGAGGAAGCUGUAGCCCAAGGAGUGGUUGGCAGUGAGUGGAAAAACAAACUGCUUUCAGCAGAACGAGCAGUUACAGGAUACAAAGAUCCCUACACUGGAAACACAAUAUCUUUGUUUCAGGCCCUGAAAAAAGAUCUCAUAGUCAAAGAUCAUGGAAUUCGUCUCCUUGAAGCACAAAUUGCCACAGGAGGAAUAAUUGACCCAGUGCACAGUCACAGAGUGCCUGUACAGGUGGCAUACCAAAGAGGUUACUUUGAUGAGGAAAUGAACCAGAUUCUGUCUGAUCCCGAUGAUGAUACCAAGGGCUUUUUUGAUCCCAACACACAAGAGAACCUCACCUAUCUCCAGCUAGUCGAGAGAUGUGUCACAGAUCCCAUCACAGGCCUUAGUUUGCUGGUCAUUGUGAAGAAAGGCGAGUUUUAUUUCUUUGUUGAUGAGGCAACAAAACUCAUUCUGAAAUCUACAACAACAACUAGAGCAGGGGGGAAAUAUCAUGGAAUAACAGUGUCACUGUGGGAUCUCUUGUACUCCAAAUACAUCACAGAGGAGAAGAGGAGAGAGCUUGUGCAACAGUACAAGUCUGGGGCGAUCACAAUUGAACGCUUCUUGGAGAUCAUCUUGACGAUCAUUCAGCAGCAGACCACAACAACCUCAUCAUCAUCAUCAAUCACCAAAUAUCAAGUACCAGAAACAAAAGUGGACAGCAGCACAACAGAAACUACUAUAACUACUACAAUCACAGAGACAAGUCAAGUUGAAAAGUUCCAUGGAAUAAGAAAGGAUGUCAGUGCUACUGAGCUGCUUGAAUCGAAAAUCAUCAAUGAGGACCUCUACAAAGAUCUUAGCGCUGGAAAAGUCACAGUGAGAGAAGUGAGUGAAAUGGACUCUGUCCGGAAGUACUUGGAGGGGACCAACAGCAUUGCAGGAGUAUACCUGCAGUCCACCAAACAAACACUAAGCAUCUAUGAAGCCAAAAGCAAAAGCCUGCUGACUCCUGGUACAUCUCUGGUACUGCUGGAAGCCCAAGCUGCCACUGGCUUUGUCAUUGACCCAGUGAAGAACAAGAAACUGUCCGUAGAGGAAGCUGUAGCCCAAGGAGUGGUUGGCAGUGAGUGGAAAAACAAACUGCUUUCAGCAGAACGAGCAGUUACAGGAUACAAAGAUCCCUACACUGGAAACACAAUAUCUUUGUUUCAGGCCCUGAAAAAAGAUCUCAUAGUCAAAGAUCAUGGAAUUCGUCUCCUUGAAGCACAAAUUGCCACAGGAGGAAUAAUUGACCCAGUGCACAGUCACAGAGUGCCUGUACAGGUGGCAUACCAAAGAGGUUACUUUGAUGAGGAAAUGAACCAGAUUCUGUCUGAUCCCGAUGAUGAUACCAAGGGCUUUUUUGAUCCCAACACACAAGAGAACCUCACCUAUCUCCAGCUAGUCGAGAGAUGUGUCACAGAUCCCAUCACAGGCCUUAGUUUGCUGGUCAUUGUGAAGAAAGGCGAGUUUUAUUUCUUUGUUGAUGAGGCAACAAAACUCAUUCUGAAAUCUACAACAACAACUAGAGCAGGGGGGAAAUAUCAUGGAAUAACAGUGUCACUGUGGGAUCUCUUGUACUCCAAAUACAUCACAGAGGAGAAGAGGAGAGAGCUUGUGCAACAGUACAAGUCUGGGGUGAUCACAAUUGAACGCUUCUUGGAGAUCAUCUUGACGAUCAUUCAGCAGCAGACCACAACAACCUCAUCAUCAUCAUCAAUCACCAAAUAUCAAGUACCAGAAACAAAAGUGGACAGCAGCACAACAGAAACUACUAUAACUACUACAAUCACAGAGACAAGUCAAGUUGAAAAGUUCCAUGGAAUAAGAAAGGAUGUCAGUGCUACUGAGCUGCUUGAAUCGAAAAUCAUCAAUGAGGACCUCUACAAAGAUCUUAGCGCUGGAAAAGUCACAGUGAGAGAAGUGAGUGAAAUGGACUCUGUCCGGAAGUACUUGGAGGGGACCAACAGCAUUGCAGGAGUAUACCUGCAGUCCACCAAACAAACACUAAGCAUCUAUGAAGCCAAAAGCAAAAGCCUGCUGACUCCUGGUACAUCUCUGGUACUGCUGGAAGCCCAAGCUGCCACUGGCUUUGUCAUUGACCCAGUGAAGAACAAGAAACUGUCCGUAGAGGAAGCUGUAGCCCAAGGAGUGGUUGACAGUGAGUGGAAAAACAAACUGCUUUCAGCAGAACGAGCAGUUACAGGAUACAAAGAUCCCUACACUGGAAACACAAUAUCUUUGUUUCAGGCCCUGAAAAAAGAUCUCAUAGUCAAAGAUCAUGGAAUUCGUCUCCUUGAAGCACAAAUUGCCACAGGAGGAAUAAUUGACCCAGUGCACAGUCACAGAGUGCCUGUACAGGUGGCAUACCGAAGAGGUUACUUUGAUGAGGAAAUGAACCAGAUUCUGUCUGAUCCCGAUGAUGAUACCAAGGGCUUUUUUGAUCCCAACACACAAGAGAACCUCACCUAUCUCCAGCUAGUCGAGAGAUGUGUCACAGAUCCCAUCACAGGCCUUAGUUUGCUGGUCAUUGUGAAGAAAGGCGAGUUUUAUUUCUUUGUGGAUGAGGCAACAAAACUCAUUCUGAAAUCUACAACAACAACUAGAGCAGGGGGGAAAUAUCAUGGAAUAACAGUGUCACUGUGGGAUCUCUUGUACUCCAAAUACAUCACAGAGGAGAAGAGGAGAGAGCUUGUGCAACAGUACAAGUCUGGGGCGAUCACAAUUGAACGCUUCUUGGAGAUCAUCUUGACGAUCAUUCAGCAGCAGACCACAACAACCUCAUCAUCAUCAUCAAUCACCAAAUAUCAAGUACCAGAAACAAAAGUGGACAGCAGCACAACAGAAACUACUAUAACUACUACAAUCACAGAGACAAGUCAAGUUGAAAAGUUCCAUGGAAUAAGAAAGGAUGUCAGUGCUACUGAGCUGCUUGAAUCGAAAAUCAUCAAUGAGGACCUCUACAAAGAUCUUAGCGCUGGAAAAGUCACAGUGAGAGAAGUGAGUGAAAUGGACUCUGUCCGGAAGUACUUGGAGGGGACCAACAGCAUUGCAGGAGUAUACCUGCAGUCCACCAAACAAACACUAAGCAUCUAUGAAGCCAAAAGCAAAAGCCUGCUUACUCCUGGUACAUCUCUGGUACUGCUGGAAGCCCAAGCUGCCACUGGCUUUGUCAUUGACCCAGUGAAGAACAAGAAACUGUCCGUAGAGGAAGCUGUAGCCCAAGGAGUGGUUGGCAGUGAGUGGAAAAACAAACUGCUUUCAGCAGAACGAGCAGUUACAGGAUACAAAGAUCCCUACACUGGAAACACAAUAUCUUUGUUUCAGGCCCUGAAAAAAGAUCUCAUAGUCAAAGAUCAUGGAAUUCGUCUCCUUGAAGCACAAAUUGCCACAGGAGGAAUAAUUGACCCAGUGCACAGUCACAGAGUGCCUGUACAGGUGGCAUACCGAAGAGGUUACUUUGAUGAGGAAAUGAACCAGAUUCUGUCUGAUCCCGAUGAUGAUACCAAGGGCUUUUUUGAUCCCAACACACAAGAGAACCUCACCUAUCUCCAGCUAGUCGAGAGAUGUGUCACAGAUCCCAUCACAGGCCUUAGUUUGCUGGUCAUUGUGAAGAAAGGCGAGUUUUAUUUCUUUGUGGAUGAGGCAACAAAACUCAUUCUGAAAUCUACAACAACAACUAGAGCAGGGGGGAAAUAUCAUGGAAUAACAGUGUCACUGUGGGAUCUCUUGUACUCCAAAUACAUCACAGAGGAGAAGAGGAGAGAGCUUGUGCAACAGUACAAGUCUGGGGCGAUCACAAUUGAACGCUUCUUGGAGAUCAUCUUGACGAUCAUUCAGCAGCAGACCACAACAACCUCAUCAUCAUCAUCAAUCACCAAAUAUCAAGUACCAGAAACAAAAGUGGACAGCAGCACAACAGAAACUACUAUAACUACUACAGUCACAGAGACAAGUCAAGUUGAAAAGUUCCAUGGAAUAAGAAAGGAUGUCAGUGCUACUGAGCUGCUUGAAUCGAAAAUCAUCAAUGAGGACCUCUACAAAGAUCUUAGCGCUGGAAAAGUCACAGUGAGAGAAGUGAGUGAAAUGGACUCUGUCCGGAAGUACUUGGAGGGGACCAACAGUAUUGCAGGAGUGUACCUGCAGUCCGCCAAACAAACACUAAGCAUCCAUGAAGCCAAAAGCAAAGGCCUACUGACCCCUGGUACAUCUCUGGUACUGCUGGAAGCCCAAGCUGCCACUGGCUUUGUCAUUGACCCAGUGAAGAACAAGAAACUGUCCGUAGAGGAAGCUGUAGCCCAAGGAGUGGUUGGCAGUGAGUGGAAAAACAAACUGCUUUCAGCAGAACGAGCAGUUACAGGAUACAAAGAUCCCUACACUGGAAACACAAUAUCUUUGUUUCAGGCCCUGAAAAAAGAUCUCAUAGUCAAAGAUCAUGGAAUUCGUCUCCUUGAAGCACAAAUUGCCACAGGAGGAAUAAUUGACCCAGUGCACAGUCACAGAGUGCCUGUACAGGUGGCAUACCGAAGAGGUUACUUUGAUGAGGAAAUGAACCAGAUUCUGUCUGAUCCCGAUGAUGAUACCAAGGGCUUUUUUGAUCCCAACACACAAGAGAACCUCACCUAUCUCCAGCUAGUCGAGAGAUGUGUCACAGAUCCCAUCACAGGCCUUAGUUUGCUGGUCAUUGUGAAGAAAGGCGAGUUUUAUUUCUUUGUUGAUGAGGCAACAAAACUCAUUCUGAAAUCUACAACAACAACUAGAGCAGGGGGGAAAUAUCAUGGAAUAACAGUGUCACUGUGGGAUCUCUUGUACUCCAAAUACAUCACAGAGGAGAAGAGGAGAGAGCUUGUGCAACAGUACAAGUCUGGGGCGAUCACAAUUGAACGCUUCUUGGAGAUCAUCUUGACGAUCAUUCAGCAGCAGACCACAACAACCUCAUCAUCAUCAUCAAUCACCAAAUAUCAAGUACCAGAAACAAAAGUGGACAGCAGCACAACAGAAACUACUAUAACUACUACAGUCACAGAGACAAGUCAAGUUGAAAAGUUCCAUGGAAUAAGAAAGGAUGUCAGUGCUACUGAGCUGCUUGAAUCGAAAAUCAUCAAUGAGGACCUCUACAAAGAUCUUAGCGCUGGAAAAGUCACAGUGAGAGAAGUGAGUGAAAUGGACUCUGUCCGGAAGUACUUGGAGGGGACCAACAGUAUUGCAGGAGUGUACCUGCAGUCCGCCAAACAAACACUAAGCAUCCAUGAAGCCAAAAGCAAAGGCCUACUGACCCCUGGUACAUCUCUGGUACUGCUGGAAGCCCAAGCUGCCACUGGCUUUGUCAUUGACCCAGUGAAGAACAAGAAACUGUCCGUAGAGGAAGCUGUAGCCCAAGGAGUGGUUGGCAGUGAGUGGAAAAACAAACUGCUUUCAGCAGAACGAGCAGUUACAGGAUACAAAGAUCCCUACACUGGAAACACAAUAUCUUUGUUUCAGGCCCUGAAAAAAGAUCUCAUAGUCAAAGAUCAUGGAAUUCGUCUCCUUGAAGCACAAAUUGCCACAGGAGGAAUAAUUGACCCAGUGCACAGUCACAGAGUGCCUGUACAGGUGGCAUACCAAAGAGGUUACUUUGAUGAGGAAAUGAACCAGAUUCUGUCUGAUCCCGAUGAUGAUACCAAGGGCUUUUUUGAUCCCAACACACAAGAGAACCUCACCUAUCUCCAGCUAGUCGAGAGAUGUGUCACAGAUCCCAUCACAGGCCUUAGUUUGCUGGUCAUUGUGAAGAAAGGCGAGUUUUAUUUCUUUGUGGAUGAGGCAACAAAACUCAUUCUGAAAUCUACAACAACAACUAGAGCAGGGGGGAAAUAUCAUGGAAUAACAGUGUCACUGUGGGAUCUCUUGUACUCCAAAUACAUCACAGAGGAGAAGAGGAGAGAGCUUGUGCAACAGUACAAGUCUGGGGCGAUCACAAUUGAACGCUUCUUGGAGAUCAUCUUGACGAUCAUUCAGCAGCAGACCACAACAACCUCAUCAUCAUCAUCAAUCACCAAAUAUCAAGUACCAGAAACAAAAGUGGACAGCAGCACAACAAAAACUACUAUAACUACUACAAUCACAGAGACAAGUCAAGUUGAAAAGUUCCAUGGAAUAAGAAAGGAUGUCAGUGCUACUGAGCUGCUUGAAUCACAAAUCAUCAAUGAGGACCUCUACAAAGAUCUUAGCGCUGGAAAAGUCACAGUGAGAGAAGUGAGUGAAAUGGACUCUGUCCGGAAGUACUUGGAGGGGACCAACAGCAUUGCAGGAGUGUACCUGCAGUCCACCAAAAAGACCCUAAGCAUCCAUGAAGCCAAAAGCAAAGGCCUACUGACCCCUGGUACAUCUCUGGUACUGCUGGAAGCCCAAGCUGCCACUGGCUUUGUCAUUGACCCAAUGAAGAACAAGAAACUGUCCGUAGAGGAAGCUGUAGCCCAAGGAGUGGUUGGCAGUGAGUGGAAAAACAAACUGCUUUCAGCAGAACGAGCAGUUACAGGAUACAAAGAUCCCUACACUGGAAACACAAUAUCUUUGUUUCAGGCCCUGAAAAAAGAUCUCAUAGUCAAAGAUCAUGGAAUUCGUCUCCUUGAAGCACAAAUUGCCACAGGAGGAAUAAUUGACCCAGUGCACAGUCACAGAGUGCCUGUACAGGUGGCAUACCAAAGAGGUUACUUUGAUGAGGAAAUGAACCAGAUUCUGUCUGAUCCUGAUGAUGAUACCAAGGGCUUUUUUGAUCCCAACACACAAGAGAACCUCACCUAUCUCCAGCUGGUUGAGAGAUGUGUCACAGAUCCCAUCACAGGCCUUUCUUUAUUGCCCUUGCAUAAGUGAGGAAAAGACCUUUCUUAGAAACAUUUGUUGUUGUGUUUUGCUUGCAUCACUUGAUGCUUUUUUAGUGUAGGUUACUCAUUAUUGCACUUAGGACUAUUUUCUCUCUUUGUCCCAAAAUAAUCUCACAACAAAUUACUGCAUUGCUUCUUUGAAUAGUUUGUGGCUGAAGAAAGUUUGUGAGAAAAUGACAUGUAUAUUGUGCUGUAUGUAAUACUCAUGGUGAUGCAUGAUUGGAGAAUAGAAUGAAAAACGUGUCAGAGAAAAUGGUUUAUGCUAUCACAGGAAUAGAUGUUUCUGUUAAAAAAACAAACUACUUUUUGUUCACCAUGUGCCUUAAAACAUUUUUCAUGAACAGUUGUGUAAUUUCUGAACAAAUUGAGAAAAUGCCGCGAUCUUAUUAAAAUUCAACACAUUGGGACUUAAAUGUUAUAAAUUAUAACUGCAUUUGAUAUGUCAAAUGUCUGCUGUGACUUCAGGAUAAGUUAACAUUGAAAAAUAUGGGAUAUAUUUUUGGCCCAAGUCUUUUUUGUUGUCAGUCCUUAUCUGAUACACAAUACUGGUAUUCUUUGUAUACAUACAUGGCAGUGACUGUCAAAGAUCACAAAUUUUGAAUUUUAUACAUAAUUUCCUUGAUUUAAUGUUGGUUUAUGCAAUUUGAGGGAUCUAUAGAUUUGAUUGUUCUUACACACACAAAUCCAUGCAUCAAAUCUAACGCAACUAGAUGAGCUAACCCUACUUUUACCUUGCCUACAGAAGCUGGACUUAGUUAUAUUUUGUAACAUUUGGCCUAGAGCUUUAUUAUAUUGAAAUAUGUUGUAUUUUCUACUCAAGUAAAAUGGGAGUAGAGUGACAAUUAGUUAUGCUAGGCCUGCUCUGACUUCACCUGGAUUCCAGCCAUGCAUUUACUGGAUUUUAAUAUUAUUGUAAAACCUUUAUUUUCUAAACUGUUUCAUUGUGUGGCCCAAUAAAUAAGUGAGAUGUGA